AGGAAUUUUCUCUUCCUGAGUGCAGUUUUAUUUGGCUAAAUAGUUAUUUUUUUCAGAAUGUGCCCUGAAAACUGCUCUUUCACUGAUCUGCUGUUCAUUUCAGGUUUGUAUAGCUUCCAACAGCAACCAUGGCCAACUCUGGUCCCCCUGCCAGUGGCUUUGUGGUUGUCACUCAUGUGUACCCACAACAAGGUGCCCAAAGUGCCACUUCACCCCAGAGCGGAGUCGCUCCACCAGUCUCCUCUAUGCUUGGGAAAUUCCUAAAAGGAGAACCAGCAGCCCUGGGGACAGUUCAAAUUAUGGUUGGCGUGGUUGGGUUCUUGUUUGGUAUCGUGACUUUAUUUGAUGUAACCAUAUCCAAGUUCUCUGGUAUCAUGUUCUGGGGAGCCAUCAUCGUGAGAUCAAUUCAUUUAUUACAUAAUUUUUUUUCUCCUUUAAAAAAAUCAUCACUGGGGAUGAAUGUUUUCAGCACAAUAACUGCAGGGACUGCCACCCUUUUGUUUAGCAUGGAUUUAUGUUUCGUAAUGUGGAUUUCAUCUACAAACGCCUGUUUUGAUGGAGACUAUUACUGCCAAAUGAAUUUGAGCAGGACACUGGGGAUUGCUGGAGUGAUGCUGGUGUUGUCAGUGCUGGAGUUCAUUGUCUCCAUAUGUGUGUCUGCGUUUGCCUGCAAAGCCACCUGCUCUUCUAACACUGAGAUGCCUUUCUUCCCAACCAGUGUGGUUCCUCCUGUUCAUAACUUCAGUGCUGAUGGCAAACAUGACUAUCUGCCCCCAGAAUACACCACUACCCAAGAGUCAUGUGACUCCAUCUAGAUUUACAGGGGAGGCUUUAUGUCUCAAGCAAAUGGUAACCUUGUGACUCUCUUUUGAAUAAUUUGUGUCUUCAAUACAUUCUUGAAGAGAUGCAUGCAAAUAAAGCAAUUCCUAUAUACUCACUCAAAUGUAUCUAUUAAAUCGAUACUCUAGUUAACUAGCAUGCUCCAAGUGACCUGCUUUGCAUUCCAGGGUCUCAAUCAAUCAAUUCAACUAUUGGAAAGCAUCCCAUUAGCCAUGAGAAUCCAUCCUAUAAAGUCAAUAUUACAUAUAGGAAUGAUAUGAGCAAACACAUAGUGGAAAGUAUAAUAUGUAUGAAGGUUAUUGUUUCUCUCUGUAGUAUUGUAUUAUAUUGGCCCGCAUUAUUUAGACUUUUAAUAUAAUAUAUAGGCCCACAUUAUUUAGACUUUUAAUAUAUUAUUUAGGCCCACAUUAUUGAGACUUUGCUAAGAUGAAUAUGAAAAUGAUGGAUAAUGUUGCCUCUCUUGUCCGCAGCAUCAAAUUCUUGUCAUUGUAUUACGAUUGUGUACGUACUUUCAAUAAAAUAAUUACAUU